AUGGCAACAAAGCACUACUUCCCCGACACCGCUGCAAAUACCCUCGUACCAAGGGCUCUACGGGCUCUUGUUAGAGCGAACCCUCAUCUCACUCUCAGUGAAGCAGAACGUGUCGUUGCGAAUUCGCACAAUGAUCGAUCGACCGUAAGCAUCAUUGGCGGUGGCGGCUCGGGUCACGAACCGGCAUGGAGCGGCUUUGUUGGUGAGGGUCUUCUGUCAGCAGUUGCAUGCGGCGACAUAUUUGCAUCGCCGAGCACGAAGCAAGUUCUCGAAGCGAUGAGACUUGCGCCUUCCGAUGCCGGGACCAUCCUCCUCAUCACCAACUACACUGGUGAUAGACUUCACUUCGGACUCGCUGCGGAGAGAGCAAAGGCCUCAGGCCUGUCCGACAAAGUCGUUGUUCUCCCCGCCACGGACGAUGUUUCCAUCGGCAACAGCAAGAGUAGCAGAGUGGGGAGGAGAGGAAUGCCAGGUCAUAUUUUCACUAUGAAGAUCCUCGGUGCGGCAGCGGCUGAGAAGUAUUCUUUCGAUCAAUGUGUAGAGGUCGGCAGGGCUGUCAACGACCAGACGGUGUCGAUAGGCUCAGCGCUAGACCACUGCCAUGUACCAGGACGACAAUACCACUCCGUCGCAGAAGACGUGUGCGUUGUCGGCGCUGGGAUCCAUAAUGAGCCAGGCCAACAGCUCAUUGCCCCUUUUCCGUCAGUAAACGAUCUCAUCGGGAGGAUGCUGAAGCUCUUGUGCGAUCCGAAUGAUACGGAAAGAGCUUUUGUGUCUUUUGAGAAAGGGGAUGAGGUCACACUUCUGAUCAACAACUACGGCGGGCUCUCAAUUUUGGAGCUAGGCGCGCUCACGGAUGAAGUACAGACUCAGCUGGCGUCGACCUGGUCAAUUACCCCCGUACGAACACAAGUUGACACAUUCGAAACGUCUCUCAACGCACCCGGAUUUUCCAUUUCACUCUGCAACAUUUCGGCUGCAGCAAGGCAGUCCAAGUCAUCUGUCACCAAGCUCCUUCAGCUUCUCGAUCGUCCCACAAGUGCAGUCUACUGGCCAAACACUGUUCGGCCAGUAGCGAGCAAGGAGAAAACAAAUGGACCGGUGGCGAAUGCCGACAGUAAUACUUCAAGCAGUGCUGAAAACAGGUCAGAUCUCAUCAAAGUUGAUCCCAAGCUGUUAGAAAAGGCCAUGAGAUCCGCUUGCGAACGGGCAAUCGCCGCCGAGCCGAAUCUGACGAAAUGGGAUAUGGCGAUGGGCGACGGCGAUUGCGGUGAAGCGGUCAAGGGUCUAUGCGAGUCUCUGCUGCGUAAUCUCGACAACGGUUCAGCGGCUAGCGGAUCUGUCUUCGCCUUCCUCGAGUCCACAAUCGAAGCUGUCGACGACAUGGGAGGAACCCUCGGAGCCAUCCUGGGUAUCUUGCUGUCUGCAUUUUCCUCUGCCCUUCGAUCCGAAGCGCAAGCUAAUCCCCCGUCCACGGCGUCAUUCUCACCGAUGUUGUAUGCCUCAUCUUUGGCUUCUGCGGCUGAUUCUCUCAAGUCUCAUACGCCAGCGAGAGAGGGUGAUCGGACUGUCAUGGACGUGCUACUUCCGUUCUCGGAUACUUUUGUCAAGUCAGGGGACUUCAAGGCUGCUGUCAAAACUGCUUCUGAAAAGGCAGAGGCUACGCGGUACUUGAAGGCAAGAUUUGGAAGGGCAACGUAUGUGGGAGACGCGGCGGGACAAGAGCUGCCCGAUCCUGGUGCCUGGGCAUUAUACGAGUUCUUGUUGGGAAUGGCCGAAGCUUAG